CUUUUUUCUGAGCCACUAGCGCCAAAAUAUUUACAAAGGGCCCUUCCAUUUAGAUCGCGGUAUCUAAUUCCUAUCAACAAGACAAUCAUCAACCGCCUCACAUACCACCGCUUAAUACAUUUAGGGGUCUCUCACGAGGAUAUCAUUCUCCUUCAGUGCGCAAUCAUUUUCUACCGACCAUCCUCUAGACUUCGUCAAACCUAUUAGCUAAAUCUUCAAAAUGGCCGAUGAUGAGGAUCGCGCGCAAAAGCAACGAGAUGGUAUUGACAGAGAGGCCGCAAAGUUAUGGAGAUGCUACAGAACUGUACACGAAAUGGUCCAAGAUCGUGGUUAUCUUCUCGCUGAAGAAGAAGUCAACAUGAGCUUCGACACAUUCAAGGCCAAGUUUACCAGCAACGAUGGAAGUGUUGAGUAUGCGCCCUUCUCUUUUUCAACCUUGUAACCUCGUUCAACACAUACUACAUUCUCUAAUUCCGCUUGGUACUGAAUCUCCCUCUUGGGUCAUGAACUAACAAUGUAUUUCUUCAGUCGCCGCCAAAUGAACUUCUCCGCAACCCCUAGUGAAGCUAUGAUUGCCAGAUACGCAAACGCACCCACUCCCCAGAACCCAAACCCAACUACCUCGGAAAUAGGUACCAUCUGGGUUGAGUUUCUCAUGGUGACUGAUGUAUCAAUUGGAAUCAAACAAAUGCGUACAUUUGCACAGCAUCUUUCUCAACACAACUUCUCUGCCGGAAUUCUCAUCGCACCUGUUCCGCCAUCAGGUCCCGCUCAAAAGAUUAUCCCAGCCGUCGCAUCUGAUACCAGAAUCGAGACCUUCGUCGAGCAAGAUUUAUUGGUCAAUAUUACACAUCAUGAAUUGGUUCCGAAACAUGUGCUGUUGAGUAAGGAAGAGAGAGCCAAGUUGUUGUUGAGAUAUAGAUUGAAGGAUACUCAACUUCCACGUAUUCAAGCCGCAGAUCCAGUCGCGAAAUAUUUGGGAUUGAGAAGAGGGCAAGUGGUUAAGAUUAUUAGAAAGUCCGAAACUGCUGGCCGUUAUGCCAGUUACAGGUUGUGCGUUUAAUUGGGUUGGAGGAUAGAUUAUUUGGUGUUAAUAACUAGGGAGUUUACUGGGAAAAUUGCAUAUUUGGGAUGGCGCAAAGGGCUGUAAGAAAGCUGAGGAUGAAAAUAGUCUAUUUCGGCUUGCCAGUAGGCAUUAUUUAUCAGGCAUGAAAUUUGAUUUCAAAUUUCCUGUUCUGUAUAUUUCUGAUAGUUUCAGAGCUUUUCAAUAAGAUCUAUUUCUAUAGAUUGGAAGUUUCGUCUUCUCUUUUGACAACUCAUGCAAAGUUCCUUUUUCUCAUCCUCGAGUUAAACGCAUAUCAUGAGCUAUCCACUGGAUCAUCAUCUUAGAAAUUCAUUCAAAAGAUAGAAUUCUGUGAAGCCGAAAUUCUCCUAAAUUUCAAUCCUUAAAAUACCAUCCAUCACUUAACAGAAUCCAACAAGCUCUACAUUAGUGUCCACCAUCACUUCCUCC